AAGAUGACGACAGCCCAGGCAGAGUGACCGACUCCUCUCUCCUCUCCUCUUCUCCUCUCGGACAGAGUCGAUCCGCCUCCCUUCCCCACCUCGGUGUUUGGGGAGUUGGGAAUGCAAGUGAAGGGGCUAAACCAGAGGAGAAAAACCAAACCCAGGAGUCGCCGUCUUCGGGUUUUUUUGUUUGUUUUUUACACACGUAUAUCCCCAAACUCCACGGUGUCUCCAGUGGAUUUUUUUUUUAUUGUACUUCUUUCUUCAAGAAUCGACUGCGCUGAUUCUUGGCUGUCGGGUUAUCCGGGAGGAUUGGGUUGGAAAAGUGGUGUACAUUUAGUGGUGUACACUAUUUUAUAUUGCUUCUCUUCUGAAAUACAAGUUAGUUUUGUAUUUUCCAAAGGGGUGGGGGAAUGCUCCUGCAACCGGACCCUAGGCAUGUUUACUCGGAAGUAAAUCCUAUUUGGUACACGACUCCCAAAGAAGUGCGCGUGGGAUUGCAACCAUAAGACGUCUGGCCCCAGUUACUAGCAGUUAGUCUCGGCUAGGGGUUAGACUGGGAAUCUCAUUUCGAGAACUUAAUCUUUAUUUAUUUACUUAAUCACAGUUAUAUACCGCCCAAACUUUCGUCUCUGGGCGGUAUUCUUGAGACAUGCAGUAGUAGUAGGGUUUCUGUGAGCAUGUACAGAGUGCUUGCUCCACACCAAGUAACCACAACCAGUUUCUGUGCAUUUGCAACUAGGAGAGAUUGAGAGGGUAUAGCUUCCAAAAUGGGUCUGAGGAUGCCUGCACGUCUUUUUAAAGACAUCAACUGCUGCGUACAAUAGGGCUUUAAUCGCCACAUAUCUUCCUCCUCUGUCAGUUGAACUUGAAGCCUCAGUGAACAAAGUUUUCAGUGAGAAGCUGUUGAACUAGAAUGUAUCUGAAGGUUUCAUUCUGCUUGGUCUAGUUUGAACAAAGAUGGGGGUAUAUAAUCUCACUAUGGAUGUCAUUAACUUAGUUCAGCCAGGAAGACUGCAUUAGCACCUGUUAUUGUUGGUGUAAAUUAUCAUUGUCUUCAUCCCAGGUAUUUAGCCACAGGUAUGGCCUCACAAGUCUUGGUUUAUCCACCAUAUGUUUAUCAAACUCAGUCAAGUGCCUUUUGUAGUGUGAAGAAACUCAAAGUGGAGCCAAGUAGUUGUGUGUAUCACGAAAGAGCCUACCCUCAAAUCUAUGUAAAUGGUAAAAAUUUUGUAAUCGCUCAACCUCCCAGCAGGGUUGGUACUUUCUUGAAGGCUACAAACCUGUUUGACAGACCUCAAAGAGAGACUCUUUUGUUGCAGACCAGUGCUGUUGCUUUAAAAAAUAUUGCAGGUGCUACAAAGAUAUUAGCAGUGCGGGCACAGCAACCUCAAGUGGAAGCACCUUGGACUGGGGCACAGGAAAGUGGGUUAACCGUCUUGGACCGCCCCCAGCGAUGUGGACUGAAGCGUAAGAGUGAAGAGUUGGAGAAUACAAGUGGCGCAAUGCAGAUUGUUGAUGAACUGCCUAUAUUGCCUGCAAUGUUGCAAACAAACCUGGGAAACCCAGUGACGGUUGUGACAACGACUGCAACUUCGAAACCAAGUGGUACCAGUGGCGAUGGAGAUUAUCAGUUAGUGCAUCAUGAGGUGUUAUGCUCUCUAAAAAAUACCUAUGAGGUUCUUGAUUUCCUUGGACGAGGGACUUUUGGACAAGUUGUAAAGUGUUGGAAAAGAGGGACAAAUGAGAUAGUGGCAAUCAAAAUUCUAAAGAACCAUCCAUCUUAUGCACGCCAAGGACAAAUAGAAGUGAGCAUAUUAGCAAGACUAAGUACCGAGAAUGCUGAUGAGUAUAACUUUGUGAGAGCAUAUGAGUGCUUUCAGCAUCGUAACCAUACUUGCUUAGUUUUUGAGAUGUUGGAACAGAAUUUAUAUGACUUUCUAAAACAAAAUAAGUUCAGCCCUCUUCAGCUAAAAGUAAUACGGCCUAUUCUGCAACAGGUGGCCACUGCACUGAAAAAGCUAAAAAGUCUUGGUUUAAUACACGCUGACCUCAAACCAGAAAACAUUAUGUUGGUGGAUCCUUCCCGGCAGCCAUACAGGGUUAAGGUAAUAGACUUUGGAUCUGCCAGCCAUGUUUCAAAGACUGUCUGUUCAACAUAUUUACAGUCUCGGUACUACAGAGCACCAGAAAUCAUAUUAGGUUUGCCGUUUUGUGAAGCCAUAGACAUGUGGUCACUGGGCUGCGUGAUUGCGGAACUGUUCCUUGGAUGGCCACUGUAUCCAGGAGCCCUUGAAUAUGACCAGAUUCGUUACAUUUCGCAAACACAAGGCUUGCCUGCAGAGCAGUUGCUGAAUAUUGGAACAAAGACGACAAGAUUUUUCUGUAAAGAAACAGAUGCACCACAUUCUGGUUGGAGACUAAAGACACUGGAAGAGCAUGAAGGAGAGACAGGGAUGAAAUCUAAAGAAGCCCGAAAGUAUAUUUUCAACAGUUUGGAUGAUAUAGUGCAUGUGAACAUGGUGAUGGAUUUGGAAGGAAGUGACCUGUUGGCAGAGAAAGCAGACAGAAGAGAGUUUGUCAGCCUGUUGAAAAAAAUGCUGUUGAUAGAUGCUGACUCAAGAAUCACUCCAGCUGACACACUGAACCAUCCUUUUGUUACCAUGAAACACCUCCUAGAUUUUCCUCAUAGCAACCAAGUGAAAUCCUGCUUUCAUAUCAUGGACAUUUGCAAAUACCAGUCCAAUUUAUAUGAUACAAAUAAUCGCAAUAAAACCACCCAGUUGAGACCAGUUGCCGCAGGCAGUGUACAAGGUUUGACUGCUAAUUUUGCCAAGAUUGGCACAAUACGAAGUCAGACUUUAGCUACAUCUGCCCAUUCGGUUUUACACCACGGAAUACCACUACAGGCAGGAACUGCUCAAUUUGGUUGCAAUGAUGCUUUUCAGCAAACACUGAUUAUAUGCCCCCCUGCUCUCCAAGGAAUUCCUGCUAAUCAUGGGAAGCCCAAUGGUUAUUCUGUGAGGGUAGAUAAUGCAGUUCCAUUGGUAACACAGGCCUCAACCCUACAGCCACUCCAGAUAAGAGGGGUCCUUUCUCAGACAUGGUCUAACAGAACCCAGCAAAUAUUGCUUCCAGCAUGGCAACAAGUAACACCUGUGGCUCCUGCUACGACACUAGCCUCUGAUUCUGUUGCUGGUCCACAGAGGUUUGGAGACUGGGGGAAGGUGAUUCCUCAUAGCAACCAUUACAGCUCAGUGAUGACCCAGUCUCUCUUAACCAAUCAGAUAACUUUAUCUGCCCCUCAACCAAUCAGUGUGGGCAUUGCACAUGUUGUUUGGCCUCAGCCCACACCAACCAAGAGAAAUAAAGUGUGUCAGAACAGGAGUAAUGCAUUACAAAAUACCAAUAUCCAAAAUUCAGCAUUUGUGUCUCCAAAGAUAAUUAAUGUGAAGGCUGGUGAGAAAUUGAGUUGUGUAGAAACACAGGACAAUCAUAACUCAGAGGGACAGGAAAGCAACUGUUGCAAACCGUCUGUCAGGCAGGACUCUGAUUCAUCUGUUUCAAACAAACAACGCCAAGCUAUCAUCAUUGCAGAUUCCCCAAGUCCAGCAGUCAGUGUGAUUACUAUCAGUAGUGACACUGAUGAAGAAGACUUGGCACAAAGGCAUUCAUUUGCAGAAUGUAAAGGUAAUCUAGAUUGUGAAGCUUGCCAGAGUACACUGAACAUUGACCGUGUGUGUUCAUUAAGCAGUCCUGACAGCACUUUGAGCACUAGCUCUUCUGGGCAGUCCAGUCCAUCCCCUUGCAAAAGACCCAACAGUUUGUCAGAUGAUGAACAAGAAAGUGGUUGUGAUACUGUGGAUGGUUCUCCCAGUUCAGACUCUUCAGGCCAUGACAGCCCAUUCCUAGCAAACAGUUUUGCAGAAGACACCAAUGAAAACUCAGAAACAAGAACCUCAGCUAACUUGGAAACCAAACCAGCUAUCUGCACUGUGGUGGUGCCACCAAUGAGAAUAGAGAACAGAUUAAAUGUAGAAGAGCAAAUGACAAAUAAAGUUACCACCUGCCAACCACUGGUAAAACGUCGAUCUGCCCGUGUGAAAACAAACCAUCCUCCUGGCUUGGGUAACCGUCAACGAAAAUUGACAUCAGCAUUCCAUCAGCAGCACUCAAACCUCAGUCAGGUUCAACACUUUGGAUCUGGGUGUCAGGAGUGGAAUGGAAACUGUGGUCAUUGGAGACAGCAGACAUACAUCCCAACUAAUCUUGCCGGUCAUGCGUUCUCCCUUCAGCACGGAAGUCCCACUCACACCUCUGUUCACACACAUUUGGCUGGAAGUACACAUCUUGGAGGACAGCCUGCUAUUCUACCUUAUCCAUCACCUGCAUCCCUCAGUACUGCUGCUCCUGUUGCCCACAUCCUAGCCUCACCAUGUACCUCAAGACCAAUAUUACAGCAUCCCGCUUACAGUAUCUCUCAUCACAGUGGCAUUGUUCAUCAGGUCCCAAUGGGCAUAAACCACCGACUGCUACCUUCCCCAACCAUCCAUCAGACUCAAUACAAACCAAUUUUUCCACCACAUUCUUACAUUGCAUCACCUGCUUACACAGGAUUUCCCUUGAGUCCAACAAAACUCAGUCAGUAUCCAUUUAUGUGAGGAUUCAAGUACAGUGUGCUGAGGAAGCUCAAUGAUACAUACAUCUGAUUUGAGAGGAAAACAUGGUAUUUAAUAAAUAUUAGCCAUGGCACAAGAAAAUUAUUUUUUUGUAAUCAUGUUAGACUUGGGUGCAAUUUAAACAACCUUGAGCUUUAACUCACUUUUAAUGUGUUUUUGCACAUUUGGUAUAACUUGUCUUUAUCAUGUUAUCUUCUUAUAGAGUAACUGCAGACAGGUGACUUAUGGGAGUAGAAAUCCAGUUUUGCUCCUACUAUUUUUUUAUAAAAUUGCCUUCUAACUAGUGCGAGACUUGUCUACAUUUGGGAAGCCAUUGAGUGUACAGAUUUAGAGCAACAGACACACAUGUCAUCAGUAUCAUGUAUGAGUAACUUGUUUGUAUUACGUAACUUGGUGUUCAGUGUCAAGUCACUUAUCUAAAAAGAUUGAGCUGUUCUUCACAUUGCAUGUGUCCUUUGCAUGGGCAAAAUUAAAGUUGCCUAGAAAUUUGCUCUUAAAUGUUGGUGUCCUAAUAAUCUCAGCUGCAUUGUAAACUGUUCCCACACAUAGUGCCUUAAAUAUUUGAGGUUGUUAAUGUUACUAUAUUAUAAAUGUUGAGGACUGCAGCACUUAACAUUCAGAUUUGCUAAUUAUUUGAUAGAGUAAUGCUCUUUCUGUCUUUUUUCUUUUCUUUUUUUUUUAAAGGUGUGUGUGGUAUGAUUUUAGAAUUGGGUGUGUUUUCUUUCUCUAGAGGGCAGCAUGUUUUGCUAUAGCUGAAUUCUGCUGUCUGAUCCCCAACCCCCCCUCCCCCGAAUGAUCAGCUUCAAGAAAAGCAUUUUGUUGUGCUUUAGGAAAAGUUGAUUCAGUAGCUGUUGAAGUUUUAAAAAAGGUGUUUUAUACUGUUCAGUGGAACUGCAAUACAAUCUAAGUAGUUUAUUUUCAAAGUGUUUAUGUCCAACUGGAUUUAAUAACCGUUUUAGAGGUGCAGUAGGCAUGACUUGGCUAGAUUAUGAAAGAAACAAGCAAAAUGCUCAUUGAUUCAUACUGUGGUUUCAUCUUAGCUUGAGCAAACCAUGCAGUAUUUAAUAAAUAGUAGCAGGAUAUUUACUAUUGAAGCUUGAAAAGAUGUGAGUACUUUGUGUGCAAUUUUUCAGUUAUGCAUGGGAGAGAUUACAUUAUAGUAUUUGUUCUAGCCUUUUGGGGAUGUUUUCUUAUUUAAUACAUUCCAUCAGGGACAACAAAUUACAUGAUUAUUUUUCCUAGGAAGUGCAUCUUUUCUGUGUGUUUUUGUUCAAAUAAAAUUGCUUUUGCAGCACCAAAGACUUAAUCAUCCAUUUCUUAUAAAAGGUAGCUACUUUUUCAUAGACCUCAAGUAUAUUGUAGUGUUAGGGAUGAGUUUAAAGGAAGGUAUUAAAGUGAGGCUGUGUUAGCUUAUGAGGCAAGUAAUAAAUUGUAUCAUUUAUCUUGAAUGUAUCAUAGAUAAGCUGCUAUAUAAUGAUUGCCACUUCAGAUAGCUGUGAAAUUAGGUGAUUGACUAGUUCUUAGCCUUCUGAUUUCUGUAUAAGUCUAAUUACAUGAAAUGGAAGUGGGGGGGUGAUUUUGUUUUGUUUGCUUUCAUGUUUGGAGUGUUGUAACUACUAUUUUGUAAAUGAUGGAAGACAAUUGCAUAUGUUACUUUGCAGUGUGUUAUUCGCAUCAGUAUUUUAUCUCCAUUAAUUAUCACUGCAUAUAAGUGGGUGUAUCCAUGUAAUUUAAUUUUUUAUGUGUUCAUAUUGGCAUUGUGUAGACACUUAAAGUGUAUCUUGGUGGCUUGACAACUUUUUUAUGUACUAAAAUUUCUGGAGUACAGUUCGUGCAGUAUGGACUGGAAUAGGAGUGCAAAGGGUUUCUCAAAUGUGAUCCUAAGCAGCUUUACUCAGAAAUAAAUUCUGUUGAGCCCAUUGGGGUCUACUUCUUGGUAAGUGUGCAUAGGAUUACAUCCUCUGCAGACUAACAGCUAAUACAGUUUUUCUUUGCUCCAUCAACACAAGCAGUGUUUUAUUUAAUGAAUGUCUAAAUGAAAUAAUUGUGCCUACAUUUGAUUUACGUUUAAGGACCGGAAACUGAAAUACAGCAGUAUUAGUUCAAAAGAAACCAAAACCAGACGUAAAUUUGAAUGGCUGAAAAAUAGAAAUAAACCCUAACACUUCCCACAAGUCUUGACUCACAGAGGACGUUUAACCUGGCUCUUGUGGUGUGUGUGUGUGUGUUUUUAAGCAGUUCUUGUCCUGCAUAGCAAACUGCUUCUGAAAUACUAGGAAGAUUAAAAAGCAGUUUGUAAAAUGGAAGGGAGGCUGCUGUUAAAAAGCAUUUUAAAGGUCCCACUGGGCCUGAUCUUGGGAGUUAUCUGGAUUGUGCUUCAGUGGUCUUUCAUAAAUAGUGUUAUGCAUUUUGUAUAAAUACAAAUGUAAAUAUAUAAAUAAAAACAAACUGAUUUAAUUUGAAAUCUUUUCAGCACAUACUGAAGCUUAAACAGAUGGAGCCAAGAAAAUAAUCAAGAAGAUUUGUAAUGCUCCUUAACAUUUAUGGUUUAACAAAUUCACACUUUCUGUUUACUCUUUGGUGCUGAGAAUUGGGGUUUCUUGGUGCUAUCUCCAUUGCUGGCAGUGGGUUCACCAGAAACCAAGAGCACCAGAAGUUAGCUGAUUUUUUUUUAAUGAGGGUUACAAAAAUAAGAUGGUUUCUUUUCAUUUACUUGUACCCUUUCUUGUUCUAAAGUAUUUACUGUUUUUUAAAAUUCCACUUAGGGUAUGAAGCUAAUAUGCUUGGCACAUAAUGCCAGAUUUAAAAUAAAAAGUUCUGCUAUCAAUAUUUCCCAAAUGGCAGUCUGUACCUUUGAACAAGAUAUUGCCAAAAGCAACACUUUUCAGAGGUGAUAAGAAAAAUCUGGCACAAUCAACACUGAGCAUAUUGUGCUACUCAAGUUCUAUAUGCCAUGAAGGACCAGACCAUUUGCCCCCUCUCAGGCUAUAGUCCAUGGCUCUCACUCCAACACAGUUCUGUUGAUUCUGAUUUGCCAUGGAAUCUUAGAUUGGUGAUUGUGGUUUCAGAAGGUCAAGGUCUGUCCACAAAGAACUGCUUGCAAAGACAAGGGUAUCAAUCUGUGGUCAAAGUAAUCCCAUAUCUACAUCUUAAUGAUCUGGAUCGAGUCACAGGUGAGCAACCUGUUUUUCUAAUGCCUUUUAAAUAAAACACUGCACGAUGACAAAAUUGCAUACUAUUUUUAAUUUGGUGAUUAAUUUUUAUAUGAAUUCCUUGUAUUCAGUUUUUAACUUUAAUUCAGGGUGUGUUGUUGAUCAAAUAUACUACUGUAUUAACUAUUUUGUUAAUUUUUAAAUAUUCUGUAUUUAGUGCUAAUUUUAACUUUGUGUUGAGUAAAAGCUAAAAUCACUGCAAGCUGUAGAAAGAUUGGUUUUAGAACUAAUGAUAUAGAUUAGGUUACUAAGUUUGAACUGUUGCAGUUUAACAAUUAUUUGUAGACUUGUGGCUUUUUUUGUUCUUGAUUUCUGUGCUACACUAGUUUGCCAUGUAGCAAUUGCACUGUGCAAUAUUACAAUAAGAGGACUGGGAAUAAAAUUUUAUGGAUGUAAUGUUUCUUACAGUUUGCGAUAGUAUUUCUCUCUAGUUCUCAGUGAUUUAAAUGUGACCAAGCCUUCUGUACUUUGUCACAAAAAGCGGGUUUUCCAGGUGACUAUUUUGGUGAGUGUCAAAAUAAGAAUUUAUGGUGUAUUACUGUCUAGAUUCACUUUGAAUUAAAAUAUAUAUUGCAGCAAAUAGAA